GGUUUUGUAUGAGUAUUUUAUUAGCAGUAUAAUACACAUUAUUUAAAUAUGGUGCGAAUGGGCACAAUUAAAUGGGACAAAGCUCAACGAUGUGCCCCAGUACAUAAUAUUAUUUCUUCUGAUUUCCCCAGAUAUAAUCCUCAACCCUGGAAAUUUAUGGAGGGUCAAUCGCGCAUAGGAUGGUUGCUCUCGUAUGAAUACCAAAGAAUGUGGAUUGCUGAAAGAGACCUCUGGAAGAAACGAAUGUACCCUGAGAAUACCACCUUCAACGUUGACGUAGUGAAAAGUUACGUCUUGAGCUUCAAGAAUGCGCAGCAUCCCCCAAAACCUGAGAAAAAGAAAAUGUUUAAAAUGAAAAAGUUUGAAGGUAUCGGCAGUAAGACUACAUCUAAACGCCCCAAAGAUGACAAAGCGAUGAACUACAAGAAAGAUCUGAAGAAUAAGAAGCCUGAGAAAAAAGAAGACGCCUGAACAUUGAUUCAAUUUUCGCUAAUUUCUGUGCGAUAUUUUUACUACGACAAUUGUAACAAAUUAAUCUAAUGAAAUAACUGUAAAUCCUGUGAAAUCUGUCAAUAUACUUAGUUGUUCUCUAUUCCAUUGGGUGAAAACUAGUGAAAAUAUUUUAUCUUUAUUUUUUAUAUAUAACUUUAUUGCAAAUAUACAAAAAUAAUGUGCAAAUGGCGGACUUAAUGCCUAAUGGCAUUAUCUACCAGUCAACCAUCGGGCCAAACAAAUCCAUGUAAAAAUGGUGCAAGGAGAAAGAAAAAGCAUAUUUAUUAGAACUACCGAAAACUACUGAAACACUUGAUAAAUACACAAAUAGAAAUACUAAAAUAUAUGUAAUUAUUUUUAUAGGAUUUUUUCGGAAAUUUUAUACAUUGUUUUAAGUUUUCGAUCAAUAAAACCAUCAAACUGUAUGUAGCUCGUUUCUGUUUGAAUAUUAACCGCAUUCUUGAAACCAUCUCUCGGUUAUAAAGUCAGAAAUAUUAGAAGAUGAAGAAAGGUCAAUGUAAUUUGAACCCUUAAUUCGUAAAUAUAAGUUAAGAUUCGCCCAAAUCCACUGGUGGAUAGAGACGGUGGUGGAUCCUACUGGGCAGAGGGAUCAAACUUUUUGGUGAAAGACGAAUCUAAUUUGAACCUUAAAUCGGAUUGCUAAGGUUGAAAUUAAAUUGACACGUUUUUUGUGGUAGAUAAAUCGUACGUGGAAAAGGGUUAAUAAAUUUAAAUUACUAUGAAAAUGAUUAAUAAGUACAACCCACAUUUGGCGUAAAACUUUAUUUCUAAACCGUACCGAUAAUAAAAUGAAGUACAAUUAUCAGUUGGCAUUCUUAUAUUCGGCAACAACAGCAUAGAUGUUAAUUGUUUCACUUUUGAUGUUGCUGAUUUUACAAUAUAAAAACCGAACAAGUAGUAGUAGUAGAUUAUGACACCAACCAAGUUAUAAAAGCGUUACUUUGUACUAUAGGUACUUGUUAUUAUUUGAAACAAUCCCAUAUAACAUGCCUUAGUGUUAUCUUAGCUGAAAUCUCCCAAUGCUCGAUGUCGUAAAUUCAUAUGAUACAGUCAGCAGCAGAAGUUGCCAAGCGGGCGAAGUGUUCAAAAUGAGCUUGACGCGACUUUAUUGUUAAGAGAAUAAGAGCGUGUCAAGGUAAUUUUGAACACCUCGCCCGCUUAGCAACUUCUGCUGCUGACUUUACCAGCACGUCUAGCACAUGUUGUCGUAAAGCGCGCGACUUGACACAUGUUGUCGCGCGAGUCUUGGUAGAACGUGCUAGAUGUGCUGCUCAGUACAAUCAGCUUCAAAUAUUGAGUGACGACCAAAGUGGCCAAAAAUAUCGUAACACACCUUUGUUAUCAUACAAACAAGGAUGUGAAUCGAUAUAGGGUCAUUGCGUCAGUUUACCAUCCAGUGCUUGUUUCCGUCCACUUGGCGUAGUUGCUACAGAAUUCCGUAUAAUUUGAAUAUAUGCCGAUAUAUUCAAGAAAUGCAUAUAAUUUGAAUAUACGCAAUUUUUUGUAGCAACUACGCCAAGUGGACGGACACAGGCACUGGACGGUAAACUGACGCAAUGACCCUUUUCGGCCGUCAGUAUUUAUAUGAAUGCUGACUGUACAUCGUUUUCUUAUUUAAUGUUAGACGAACACUUUCAAUAAAAUAAAUCUAUCACUUGCUAUCACUAUACAGAUUUUUCGCCUAAUUAUAUAGUUAUAAUUUUUAUAUGAGGGGCCCAUUUCAUGAGGUUUGUAUUGUUGUCAGACAUAAAUAUAACAAUGUAGUAUAAAAUGAGAAUAGAGUGAGACAAAUUACACAUGAUAUUAUUAAAAAAUGCAAGGUACAGUUAUAUUUCUGAUCUACUAACAGGGCUACUAUAUGCAUAUCAAAAGGGUUCCAAUAACUAUCAAAGAAAACAAACCAUUAUUACUUCAUAUGAAGAAUGAAAAAAGUUACUUAACCAAAUCAGUCGAUAACAUUACUAUCUCUAUAAUAUUAAUUAAUUAUGCGGUUAACAUUAAUUUGCCAUUAACCAUCUUGUUAUUUAAAGGGGUUAAUGCAUCCCAUAUAUUUAAGGGCCACCCACACUAGCGUCUCCUGAGCGUCGGCGCCUAGCCAACUCUAGGCUGCUACUUGAGGCAACGUUGGCGCAACGUUUCCAUAACGUUGACUAGACGCCGACGCUCAAAAGACGCUAGUGUGGGUUCUCUCUAUAGUUCGUUAUUUUUAGCAUUAGAACAAGACUACGCGAUAUUGACGUCUUUUAUUUUUAAUCAGUAACUAUUACUUAUGAAAGCUAAAGAAUGUAAAUAAUCGUAUAUGAUUCAUAAUUGUUACAUAUUUGCUGUGAAUUAUGUGUUUUUCAAUAAAAAGACACGUCUAGAUUUUUUACCUUUUUUCUAAUGGAAAAAAAAACGAACUAUAAGGGCAUUGGAUAGAUUCGUGAUUACAAAUAUUGCAGGUACUAAAACGCAACACUAUUUUUGUAACUAUAAAUAUAAAACAUCAUUAAUUUUUAUCAGAAUGUUACACUCCACACAUCAUAAUUUGACAUUGUAAAUGUUCGGUUAGUGCUAAAUGACGAGUAGGUAUAA